CCGGUCUUUCUUUUGACUUCUUCCGCUCUUCGCGUUUUGACUGUUAUCCGUCGUUCCCCUAAUCGGCUCGAAUUCCUCCGAUCUCGACUCGGCACUACCCCAUCUUUCGGUUCUCGCUCGGCUGAACAUCCUACUCGUCGCAUUUACCCGCGGCCAAUCCUUCGACUCUCCGUGAUCCCUUAAGGCGACGCAUCCCCAUAACUUCCCUUGGUCAGGGCCCCUUUCAGCGCACCCCAAGGCCAGAGAAUGUCUACCGCUACUGCUCAAACGCCCGCUUCGGGCCCUAAGCUCGAGAGGAAGCCUAUCAAGUUCAGCAACCUGCUGCUUGGCGCAGGAUUGAACAUGUUCGAGGUCACAUCGUUGGGACAGCCGCUGGAAGUGAUCAAGACGACCAUGGCUGCGAAUCGCGGCGAUAGCUUCGCAGGUGCCAUGGCUCGGAUAUGGGGUCGUGGCGGGAUCCUCGGUUACUAUCAAGGUCUCAUUCCGUGGGCCUGGAUUGAGGCUUCUACUAAAGGCGCUGUCCUUCUCUUCGUCGCGUCGGAGGCAGAGUUCGGUGCUAAGGUGCUUGGUGCCCCCGACUUCCUCGCCGGUAUUGCCGGAGGUAUGACUGGUGGUGUUGCCCAGGCCUACGCUACCAUGGGUUUCUGUACCUGCAUGAAGACGGUCGAGAUCACCAAGCAUAAGAUGGCUGCUACGGGUGUGAAGCCCCCCAGCACCUUUGCGACCUUCAUGGAUAUCUACCGUAAGGAGGGUAUCAGGGGUAUCAACCGUGGUGUCAAUGCGGUUGCUAUUCGUCAAACUACCAACUGGGGCUCCCGAUUCGGUCUCUCCCGUCUGGCUGAGACUGCUAUCCGUAAUGUCACUGGCAAGGACGACAGCCAGAAACUUUCUGCGAUUGAAAAGGUUCUGGCGUCCGGUCUGGGUGGUGGUCUUUCCGCCUGGAACCAGCCAAUCGAAGUCAUUCGGGUUGAGAUGCAAAGCAAAAAGGAUGACCCCAACCGACCGAAGAACUUGACUGUCGGCAAGGCUUUCAAAUAUAUCUACGACACCAAUGGUGUUAAGGGUCUCUACCGUGGUGUGACGCCUCGUAUUGGCCUUGGUAUCUGGCAGACCGUUUGCAUGGUGGCUCUUGGUGACAUGGCCAAAGAGACAGUCGAAAAACUGACGGGCGAGCAAGUCACUGCUAAGCACUAAAGAGAGGGGUUGAGAUACCCUUCUGCUAUGCACAUGGUCUGAUGAUGGUCGUCAUUGGUCAUCAACCCUUCGGCCGGACGGUGGAAGCAUAUCUUUCGAUUUCUGUGCACUGAGAAAUUUGCAUUAAUCGAGAUAUACUGUACUAUUAGGGGACGACAUCCUUUGCCAUGAAACAGCGAUGUAUACCUAUGGUAUAGAAUAGUAUAGCAUUCACAUAGAAGGCAUUCGAUUUGACAUUUUCUGAUUCAUCUUACUCAUGGA